AUGACCGGCGGCCUCCAGGAGUGGCCGGAACCGAUCGUCCGAGUCCAAUCCCUAUCGGAGAGCGGCCUCCACGUCAUCCCCGACCGCUACGUGAAGCCGCCACACCAGCGGCCGGCCACCACCAACCAUCACCACAACGUUAACAACAACAACAUACCCAUCAUUGACCUCGGCGGCGGGCGGUCGUCGGACGAGGAAAUCUGGGCCGCCUGCCGAGACUGGGGGUUCUUCCAGGUGGUGAACCACGGGGUGGGCCCAGAGUUAAUGGACCGGGCUCGGGAGGCCUGGCGGGAAUUCUUCCACCAGCCCAUGGAGGCGAAGCAGAGGUACGCCAACUCGCCCAAGACUUACGAAGGGUACGGCAGCCGCCUCGGGGUCCAAAAGGGCGCCGUACUCGAUUGGAGCGAUUACUAUUUUUUACACUACUUGCCGCCGGCGUUGAAGGACCACGACAAGUGGCCUUCCCUCCCGUCCGAUAUCAGGGAAGUGAUUGACGAUUACGGGAAACAAGUGGUGGAGUUUUGCGGGAGGUUAAUGAGGAUAUUAUCGGCCAACUUGGGAUUGGACGAAGAACGCCUCCAAGACGCAUUUGGAGGGACAAACAUCGGGGCGUGUCUGAGAGUGAACUUCUACCCGAAAUGUCCGCAGCCAGACCUGACACUCGGCCUGUCGUCGCACUCGGACCCCGGCGGGCUGACCAUUUUGUUGCCGGACCACCAGGUGCCGGGGCUUCAGGUCCGGCGAGGGGAUGACUGGAUCACGGUGAAGCCGGCCGAGCAUGCCUUCAUCGUCAAUAUCGGCGAUCAAAUCCAGGUAUUAAGUAAUGCGAUUUACCGAAGCGUGGAGCACAGGGUGAUUGUAAACUCAGCAAAGGAGAGAGUGUCUUUGGCUUUCUUCUACAACCCAAAGAGUGACAUUCCAAUCCGGCCGGUUAAUGAACUUGUAACCAAAGAGAGGCCAGCAUUGUACCCACCCAUGACUUUUGACCAGUACCGGUUAUACAUAAGAACCAAGGGCCCCUGUGGCAAGUCCCAGGUGGAGGCUUUGAAAUCCCCACGUUGA